AUGGGCCUCGGCAGUGACUCGUCCCCAGCGCUCGUGGCAGAGAAGCGUCCCAGUUGCCAGGGAGACGUCACCCUGGAGGACGUACUGUCGUCACUGCUGGCGCUAGCCGACUCGUCGCCGUCGCAGUCGCGCCUCGGCACGCCUUCGAAGCCUCCUGCCAGCCCCGUAUCGCCUGACAUACGCCACGUCUCGUUCGCGCUGUCCCCUUCCAAGGGCGCCGGCGGCCUGCUGCCUGAGGCAGGCCACCCCUACGGUCGGCGUUGCAGCGAGGGCAUGGCGCGGCCCGCCACGCCCAUCUCCAUCCUGAAGCCCGAGAACAACCGCUGGAUGGGCUCUGCUACGGCCACCGCCGAGGCCGCCCCGCUAGCCCAUCAGACGGCCUGGGCCUCGGCCGGAGACGUCAAGAUCACCGUGCCGCUCUCCAGCGGCUCGUCGUCGCUUGACAGGUCUCCGGACCCGGCAGCGAAGGAAGACGCUUCGGCCGAACAUCAAAGCCAAGCGGACGACGCACGAAUAUCAUUCGACGCGACAGGUGACGGGGAUUCGGAUUCCGAGAACCCUCCGCCGCCGGGCUUCUACGUGAGUGCUACGGCGACUGAGGGCUACGGCACCGAAACGACCACGUCGGACCAGGAGUCCGUAUCGUUCGCUACCGUCGGUCCCCGCGCCGUCGCGGCUGCUGGCGGCGUCGGCGACAAAGCUUCCGCCACGGCCGCUUCAGCCGCCUCAUUGCGUUGCCAGUGGAACGACUGCCAGAAGCCUCUCCCGAAGACGGGAGUGGGCAAGAUCAGAGUGCACACAUGUCCCACCUGCUACGGCUACUUCUGCAGCCGUGCUUGCCGCAACCGGCACCGUGACGCAAAGCGCUGCGCGCUGACUCGCAUCUCUAAUUUGUGCCAGGAGGUGCUCCAGAAGAUCCGCCUCGAUCAGGUAUCGCGGCAGCACCUGUCGGUGUGCGCACAGCGAGGCCUCCUCUCCCGUGGCCGCGGCGUCAUACGGCUCGUCUUUCAGGGGGCACAGAGGGCCGCUCAGUUUCUUGAGCGCGGCUGGAGCGACGCCGGCGUGCGUGGACAGAUGUUCUACGUCGCUCGCGACGAUCUUCAGCCGCACGACAUGGGACCCCGCGUGUACAUGCGUGUGCGCGCGCUGUGCGACGAGUAUGAUCCCCAGCGCAAGUUUGUCCUCUUGGUCGCCGUGUGCGUGACGUACGAAGCCGUCACGCCCUCUGGAGCCGGAGCCAUCUCGCGCGAGAUGGUCGUCAAGGCGGUCAAACUUCGACUCAGUGGGCCGCUGCCCGAAGACGACGUGCAGACGCUUAUCCUUCCGGUGGCGUCGCCGAUCACGGCAGGAUCCAACGGCCUGCUGCCGCCCCAGAAGCAGCGCCUUCAAGGUCUACACCACGUCAUCAGGCAGCUGGAAAUCAGGGGCGUCGACCUGAGUGCCUGCUAUCCAGAGCUCUAUGCCAAGAUACGCGCAUUCGUUGACACAGGAGAGAUGUUCUCGCCUGUGUGCAUGUUCCCCACGGACUCACGCUCAGGCCAGGUGUUCAUGUGCAUUGUGCUGCCAUUGGCAGACCAAGAGCAGCUUGACAGGAUGGCUGGUACUCGAAGUGCUGCAUCUGUCAAGGCUAAGAAGCGCUGGAUGUUUUAAUGGGUCAGUGUACGUCUCAAUAUGUGAGUAAGUGGUAGACUCAUGCGAGCGGUCAUACUAUGUCUUUUACCCCCCUGGAAAGGCAUUAUGAAAUCUGUAAUCUGGUGACAAAGUUAGCAUGAGGAUUAUGCCAUAGAUUUAAACAAUUAGACUUGGUGUUGCAAAUGGUUUGCUGUUUUGCACAUGAUAAAACAUCCAAAUCGCUAUGUUUUGCUGAGCAAACUUAAUGAAUUUGGCUCGUAUUUGCAGCACAAGGACACCACUAUUAAGGGGCUGUCCUUCUCGAGUGUGCAGUUGGAUGCGUUAUAAAAAUUAGGAUGCACUACUGAUAUUACAUGACUCCAGUAUAGAGUCAAGGGUUGGCUCUCAUUCAGAGGAUAUGGGCGAAAGCCCCUGAAAGUAAGAAUAUAUUUUAGUGUUUGCAGCAGCCAAUGAGUAGCCUGAUAUAUCUAAUACAUGCGAACAGCUGUCAGCACAAGGAGACACCUCAGCGCUGCAAUGCCAUAGCACGGAGCAUUCAUCAAGGAAUGCAAAAUUAAAGAAUACAUACUAACUCUCUCUGCUGCACUUUUUAGAGUGAAAGGUGUAUGCUAGCAAAUGCGAUAUAACUAACUGUCUAAUGAGAAAAGCAUGAAAGUGAUAAACACAACACAAGCACUGACAUAGUGGGCGCGUGUUGUUUUCCUAGUUUCUUUCAGGGUACGCGCGUAGCCAGACGGAGGGCACACCGUGGAUAUGCACCCCCCCUCCCUUCCUCUGGUCAAAUGCGAGCUCCCCACCCCCCAAAAAUAUCUCGGGCUGCACCAUUCGUUUCUCUGGUCGUCUUUACGACACUGUUAAUCACAUCAUGAUUCUGUACUGACUUAUGACAAAAUGAUCAAGACAUGUCCUCUUCUGUCCACACUGCAUGCAGCUGAACCCGUUAUAACAGAGUCUGCAUAUAACUCUGAUGAAAAAUUUGAAGUCGAAAUUCUAUUAUCAUAAUUGCACAGUUAUCUCUGAGCUGAUUUUCUGUGCCUUAUAGAUAUACGAGGCAGGACCCAAAAGUAACGAGAAUUGUUUUUUAUAAUUCUGAUAUUUCUUCAAAUGAUUCAAAAAUGUAAAUGCUUUAAAAUUACAGUUUUUUCGAGGCAAUGGACUUGUUGAACCGCUCUAAUCGUUGUUCAACACUGUUCAGCAACUCUUGCAUUUUGAUGACCCCCAUUGCUUCCUUCAUUUUCUUCAUUAUCUCCUCUAGAUCUUGAGAAUGCUUUCAUUUAAGCUCUUAUUUCAAUAUUGGAAAUUAGAAAAUCGCAAGGGGCAAGUUUUGAGAAUUAGAGUGGGGUGAGGUAAGGUAGCGUUAGUUUAGAAGUUUUCUGAAGAAAUGCAGCAUGCUCAGUGCUAUGUGGGCAGCAGUGUUGUCAUGGUGCGCAAGCCACUGGCCUUAGUCCUACAGAUUGGAUCGUUUUCCUAUGAACUGCAUCAUGCAACCGCUUGGCUAUUAACUUAAACAUGCUGGUUGAUUGUCUGACCUUGCUACACAGAUUUAAAAUGAAGAACUUAUCUGAUUCAAAAUAUUUCCCGAACGAGAACAGAACUUGAUACAGACACGUUGCUUUUUGACGUCCACCAUCGCAAAACCGACGAAGACGGUGACAGAGGCUCAAAAGACAGCAACGAUAUGAGCAGACAAAACUUUUCACAAGGACGCUGCUUCGCCAGCUGAUGCGGGACGUUGUGUAGCGCCUGUGCCUAGCGGCGUGGGUCACUAUUACCUAACUUUCUGAUUCAGUAAAGGAUUCUCGCUACCUUUUCGCGCCCCCUCGUACUAUGUGACAACACCCUCGUUUACUGAGAUUUGAUAUCAAUGCUAUUGUUAUAAGUGGACUGCACUGCUUUACAAAUAGCAGAAAUAUCUCUUUGAAAACCCCAGAUAAAGUGCAGGAGGGCUCUGCACUGGUACGUAAUUCUCAUAUCGGCCAGAGCCCUCGAGUGGGGCAGCAAACAGCAAAUGCGUAAGGUGCACUGUCUUUCAGAAGUUACAUCAUGCUGCUACAUCGUCGGCCAAGCCUCUUGGGGAAUCGAUUCCGCUGUUGUAAAUGAAGGUUGCUUUCAAUCGAAACAUGUACAUGUGUAGUUGUGAUUUCUACGUCGACAGAAUGGGGUGUUACUUGCGUGCAUAUAUAUGGUGCUUUGCUUCUGGCUAUGCGCUCUUGUUGCUGAACAUUCACGAACAGUAGCCUGAGGCAUCACAUGCUGCACAUAUGACCUGUUAUUGCGUUAGCUUUAGUACAUUAUGAUCAGGGCAAAUUAUCAAUAAUGAAUGCUAGAUCAGCUUUGUGAAUAGAUUGAAUUACCAGUAACCAUUUUGUGAUGUUGCUUCAAAAUCAGCGUACUGACAUUUGAAUACAGUAGCUUCUUUGCCUCCAGAAAGUUUAGCUAUAAUAUCACGGAAAGGGAAAUGUAAUGCAUGUGCCUUUGUGUGGAUUUCUGCACCAAUCCAGGCAUUUGAAAGGAGUGUACUCCCAAUCGUUUAUGUGCAUCUGCAACAGACAUUUAAAGAACUGUCAUGCAGUUUCAUCAUCAUUUGGCUCUUUGGUGACCAAAGGUCACAGAUGUGCCAAAAAAAGGCAAGUUCCGUCGGAGGAAACAGAUGAUGCACCAAGCCUCAAAACCAAACGUGGUUAUGAAGAUUAUUUUAAUGCAGAAACACCAUUUUUUAUUGGCUGCAGCUAAACCUGCAAAAGAAAUGUCUUGUGUACUGUGCUUUGUCAUUGUUCCUGUGACCCAUAAGGGUGUGUUAUGUUUGUUUCAUGCACUUAGGUACGUUUCGGAAUUGCAAGCACUCUAUGUCAGAAAGCGUAAUGCAGACUUGGUGAGAAGAUGACUUUCAAUUUUCUUACCAGUUUUAUACGGCACCAGUCUGGAGAAACUUACUAGUGCAAAAUACGCCAGCAUGAAGAAACAAUGGCUGUACUAAGGAGGCAGAGUAACUCUGCAGUAAGUGACUGUAUUCUUCUGUUUGAUGUGGUGAUGGAGUUCUGGACAUUAACACCCGUGUGGUGCUGACAGACAAGGCUACUGUUUAUGAUGGAAGAAGUCAUGAUUAACCCUAAAUGCUGUUCUUUGAGAACUUCGUAAGCAGAGAAAGCUCGUUCCAUACCUUGUGGUUUGAAAAUCCCGGUGCCAAAUGUAGCAUUUUCAACAAAGAUAUGUGAUGUUUGUCUUAGCCAAUAUUGUGCUGUUUUUUCUUCUGAAAAAUGUAUAUCAGUCAUAGUUGUGGCCAAAGUGUGGUGGUGUGGUUCCACAUAUGGGAAUAUGUGUUGGCACUCAGUAAUUGCUAACUGAGCACAACACUUUUUGACUGUUCUUUUUGAGUCUGGGAUCAAAGUUGUCAGUUGUAUAAACGCACAUUUUCUGUCUUGUGGUUGAAGUGACAUUCAAUGUAUGCAGUGUGUAAUACGAGUAUUAUUUUUUGUGCCACUCAUUAUCUGUUCACUAGAGCAUUGAGAACAUUGAUCAACCUAUGUGUACUUUUGGUAUCUCUUCGUACUUCCCACACACCAUUCAUGCUGUUUGUACACAUGUUUUGCAGAAGAUGCCUCCUAGUUCAUUCGGCUCACAAUAACGCAUCAACAAAAUGCGCUAAACUCUCAAAUGCUUUCCACGUCAGUCAGGUAGAAAUAAAUCUAUCUUUGGCAAUGUUAUACUUAUUACAGCAAACGUUUGUUGCUGGUAUUAGCUUAAUUAGUUGCCCCAAAGCCACUUUUUGAUCCGUGACUUGUAUAAGGGUUAUCGCAUCUGUGUGUGGUUGUGCUAUAGAUCACUCUUGUUUCAAUGCUAUAUACAUGUUUUCCAAUACACAUCUGUAUUCUGCACGUUCAAGCUAAUUUUCCCUGCUUUAAAACGUGUACAGUAAUUAGCCUGGAAUAGAGUUGUUACAAAGAACUGAGCAAGUGUGCGCACAUUUGUGGAAUUCAGCUAAGUGUUUGUCAAAUAGGCGCAUUGCCUCUAUAUGGAAACCAUUUGCAGCUCUUGCCAAAACGUUUUUUUAUCGCCAGGCAAGUUACUGUGAGGAAGUGUUUCAGUUUGAGCCAGGAGCAUUCAACUGAAGAAUGUCUUAAUGUGCUGGAUGACAACUGAUGACACAAGAGUGAGACAAAUACAACAUAGUGUAGGCUCGCAAUAGGAGAUGUUUAGAGGUAUGCAAUGUGUGCAUAUGUUAACUGAGUCUGUGUUUCUCUUGUGGUCCUUGUCAUUUCGAGAAGUUUCUUGAUUAUUCAUUUACAUUUCAUGUAGCCCUUUAAGAACUUUCCUUGCUCUGAAGCUCUAUAAUAUUGAGAGGGAUUGUUGGUGUGAAGAUUGAGUGUUAGCUGUGGGUUGGCUGAGAUUUCUGUAGCACUUCUUGUAACAUGUGGAGCACUUCAACUUCAAAUCAACUACAAUGAGUGCUACAGGAGUCCUGCCAUAGGAGCUGAAAAGGACUCUGGUCUCCUAUGCACCAGCUUAUAAGAUUUUUGGGAAUGACUGCUUAUGUUGAAUGAAGGUUAAGUAUUUUUCACAGUCACUGUUUGGAAAGCGGUAACACUGUCAAUGCGCUUAGGCACUGAUGCGCUUGCAAAUAUAAGAAAGUUUUAGCUACGCAUCGCCUACGGUCCACUCUGCUCACGUGUCACUCACUCAGAGAGUGUAAAGAACAGCGUUGGUAUUGAAUUUUUAGUAAGCGUGUCUCCCAGAGAUGCAAGUGACACGCAGCCAGUUUUGUUCCAAAGGAUAAAGAAGCCAAGCGGAUACACCGUCAUGCUCUACCCUAUAGGCUCGGCAGCGGAGCAAGCAGCGUUCUGCCUUCUGCUGCUGGCAUGAGUAUUGUGUACAUGUGUUCUAACAUUCCCACUGGGUGGCUGUGUGCAAAUUGUGAGGAUACAUUGGUCGGAGCGGAGCGAACUGUAAACGUUAAGCUAUAAGUACCUAUUGUGGGACACAUAGAACUAGGCUUUGUUGUCUGUUUUAAGGCCAUUGCUAGGAAGAAUGCUGUGAAGCAACACCAAAGAGCAGAAGGAGACGAAUGACUGUUCUGCUGCAAAUCAAGAUUUCUACUUGUAAGUUGUUGAAGAGCUGAAUUUAUUGUAAAAAGUACUCAAUGGCAUUUACAUCAGCCCCAGAACAGAUUGACUCUCCCAUUUACAGACGUUCAACAAAUUCAGUGACAUACUGUGUGUCAGGUUGUUCAGGAAAGUUUAUAGUGAAUAUUAGUGCCAUAGUGCACCCUCUGUUACAAACUAAGCAUUGGCAUUGUCAUCACUAAAUGUACAAUUGUUUCACAAUGCUUUGAUUUUCUUUGAAACAUGUAUAUGAUUUAUUCAGAGCAAAUGGAACUAACAAUGAAAAUGACAACAAAUAACUAAUUAGACAUAUUUCUUUUUGGCCUCAUUGCCUAUUGUUGCUCCACAAUCGUCAAGAACUACAGCUACAGUGUGUCCCAUUGCGCAUUUUGUGUUCAUGCGAGUGGUGCAUGACCGCCAUUGGAUGGGAAAGAUGAGUCAAGAAUCCCAAAUUCUUCAUUCCUCUUUCCAGUGCCACUUUACCAUGGUCUCCUGAAAACAUCUUGAGUGCUUUAGUGUGUUCACAAAUCAAGCUCAAAGGAACCCUGAAACGAUUUUGACGGUUUUGUACAAACGUACUGAUUCUUUAGGGUAGGUCCUUCCGAUCAUUAAUUGACGCAUUAAUAAGGCGUGCAAUUUAUUAUAAGGUAUUAAAGAUGCCCAUGGCUACCGAUCGAAGGUCGCCACUCGGCUGAGUUUUCAGCCGCCCCUGACCAGGUGCCGUAGCUGACCAAUGAGGUGACCAUAUGACGCCAGUAGAGCGAGCUAUCUGAUUGGCUGCCCAGGGCAUGUCAUCGAUAAUUUUUCCGACUUCAUGGUGAACAAAUGUUCCUUGUAAUAGUUUGAAUGUUGGUUAAUUUGUUUCUAUAAAGAGCAACAGAAAGAGAAUACACAACGACAAUUUAUCACUACACUCAAGCACUUCCGGCACACAGCAAGUGUCUUCUGCUUGUUUUACAACGUUUUCCGUGUCUACUCGAGCAGCGCGGUCAGUGUAGGUCUCGAGCUUCCUUUUCGCGAGUACAAUGGAUCUUCCUUUUCGCGAGUACAAUGGAUCGCCCUUGUUACGUUGUGGGCUGCAAAUCUAGCGAUCGGCGACAUGUCAGCUGCGACAUCAUGUCCCUCUGCAAUGCAACAUGCGACAGGAGUGGCUGCAGCGCAUCGGACUGUCGGUAUCGGAUCAGCGCCAGCAUCUACGCUUUUGCAGCCGUCACUUCACGCCGGAGCAUUACUACCACGUAGAUAGUAUUGGCGGGUACGGUAUUCCGUGAAAUGCAGGUGGACUGGGCAUUUUGUCAGAUAGGUGGAAGCGCAAGCGCGAGAAGCCUGCAGGGUGCAGCCACCUGGUGGUACAGAGCUCAAUCAGACGAGCACACAGCUAAUAUAGCAGUAACCAAGAGUUUUCUACUUUGCUGCUGGUGUAAAAUUUUGGCAGCAGCGUAACUGUGAACACGUUGUCUUUUUAAAUGUUGCAAAUCUUUUAUACUUAGUUACAGUUCUAUUAGCUCUGUGUUUGACUGGUUAAGCUCUGCGCCACCAGGUGACUGCACCGUGCAGGCCACUCAGGCCGCUCACGCUUACGCCAGAGCCCCUUCAUUACCAUUUUAGUAGUUUGGAGGGACUUUAGUUUAUGCCUCCGCCCAUCCAUCGAAACGCCAAGCUUGCCUGCGUUUACCGGAAAGUGCACGCUGCUUGGAUAGCUCUUGCUGGGGAUCGACGGCAAGACGGCUAGCGGAGAAGAUGGAGAUGUUGGUGCGCUGGCUCCGAGCACCUGAAGUAGACAACAUGACGUCAUAUCAUGACGCAGAACCAGUGAAGGCCGCGAUCACUCAGUGAACGAGUUGAGGAGAAAAAAAUUACCGACGAUUACGUUACUUCCUAAUGCGAAAUUUGAGCGCAGCAAAUAAGCUGUUUCACCUUUUCGAUAGAUUGAGGCAAAGAAAUCGAGCAACACAUGUAUGCGCUAUCACAGAA